GUACGUGCACGAGCAUGCCCUGGAUCAGCUGGUCACGAAGCUCAUGAACGGCGUCAUCGCCGACAAGCCGAAGGACCCGAAAGCGUACAUGGUCAGGUGGCUGGCGGAGAAGUGCACGGACAGGCAGCUGGAGGAGGGCGGCCUGGCGCGCCGCGUGCCCCCCUCGCCGGGGCCCUCCUCGCGGAGGGAGAGCGGCCUG